AUGCGCUCCCCACCGCCUGAGGCGUUGCUGCUGCUUGAUGACUUCAAGAAGCAGUACCAGCAGCAGCAACAUUCGUCUCGGCUGCUGCUGCCGAGGAAUCAGCUGCUCCCCUACAGGCCUUCUUCUGCAGCACGGAGGUCCAUGCAGGCUGUUGCGCAACUCCCUCUUCCGGCUGACCUGGAGGCUGUUGCUGUUGCUGCAGCAGCGGGAACAGAAGCGGCAGCAGCUGCAGCAACCGCGGAUGCCAAGUGGAUUGAAUUCCUUAAUAUUGAGGAGGUGUAUUUUCUGCUCAAGGACACCUCCGUAGAAGUGGCAUUGCUUUUGCAGGAGCAGUCCAGUAACGACAGAGGCAGUAACGCGCGCAGCAGCAGCAGCAACAGCAACAGCCCCAGCGGCAACAGCGUGGCUGACAGUAGCGGCGGCCAGCGGAAAAUCGAGGGACACCAACUAGAAGAUGGGCAGCUGCAAUGCCGACCACCAACACAUCCGGCAAGUGAGGGAGCAGCCGCUGGAGCAGCAGCAGUUCGUGCUGCUGUGGCUGCUGCAGAAUCUCACCACUUAUGCUUCAGCAGCGGAUGCAACAGCGGCUCAUCUGCUGUAGUAGCGUCAGAUGGGGCAGACUCCCAACAGCAACAGCAGCAGCAAACACUGCAGCAACAACGGCAGUUUCAGCAGCCGCAACAGCAACAACAGAAGGGUAGGGGACUUGCUCCAAGUUUCAUCGCAGCUGUUGCUGCUGCCCAGGGCUCCCCAGCUGUUGCUUCCUUCGAAGCUGACUUGCGAUCCCUCAGUUGGGGCGGUCGCUCUCUGCAGCAUGCGCCUCAGCAGCAGACGCGGCAACACGAAAACAUGAACUAUCAGUACCAUCACCAGCAAGAGUAUUACACGCAGGAGUACUUUGACCAGCGUCAGCAGGUACAACAACAACACCCGCCACAGCAGCUGCUGCAACAGCAGCCAAUUCAACAACUGCAACACCAAGUACAGCUGCAUCAGCAACAACAACAGGUCGAUGAGACGCUGCAGAUACAACUGCAACAAAGAGGGGAGCAGCUGGAACAUUCUCAGCCGUGGCAGCAUCAGCAUCAGCAGCAGCACUGGCUGCAAGGCAGCGCAGUUGACCCCUUGGGCGCUUCUGUUCGAGCAACAGUUGCAGCAACAGCGCCUACAGCAACAGCACCGCAGCUGCAGCAGCGACAACUACAUCAGGAGCAACAGUUGCAGCAACAGCGCCUACAGCAACAGCACCAAGAGCAACUUCUUUGGCAGCAGCCGGGUCUGCACCACCAGCAGCAGCUGCAGCAACUGCGCGAGCAUCAAGUGCGGCAGCAAGAGCGCGAGCUGCAGCACCAACAACAGUACCGAUUGCAGCAGCAGCUACUGCUUCAGCUGCAACAGCCGGCUUUGUUGCAACACCCAGCAUACUACCUGCAGGAUAACCAGCAAGCCUGUACGCAGCACCAGUUCCAGCAACAGCAGUACGCGCAGCAGCUGCAGCAGCAACUUCUGCAACCGUUGCAGCAACAGCACAUGGCGCAAACGUCGGCGUGGCUCGGUGCAUUAGAAAGGCCGGACUGGCCUGUGACGCCGCCCGUGUCAGCCGCUGCCGCGGCAGCAGCAGUAACAGCAGCUGCUGCAGCAGCAACCGGCGGCGGAGUCACACUGGGCUGCGACUGUGUGGCAUGCCGCGGCAGCAGCGGCCGCAGCAGCUGCUGCCUUCGGGGUCUGAAAGCCAGGCUGGAGGCACUGAAUCUUGGGGUGGAUCCUAGGGAGCUGAAGAUCAACUCCAGGAUCGGCAGCGGCGCAUCAGGGACUGUUUUAAAGGCUGUAUGGAGAGGCUGCGAUGUGGCAGUGAAAGUGCUGCCGAUGGUGCAGCAGCAGCUGUUGCAGCAGCAGCAGCAGCAGCAAGGAAGAAGCGCAUCCGCCGCCGCUGCUGCGGCAGCAGCAGCUGCGGCGCGAGAGCUGCAGAUUAUGAAGCGGCUCAGGUGCCCGAACCUCGUGCUUUUGAUGGGGGCAUGUGCGCUCGAUACUGAUGCUGUGUGCAGCAGCAGCAGCAGCAUUAGCAGCGGCAGAAACAGCAGCAGCGGUUCUUUGAGUUCGAACAGCGCAGCGGAGCUGCUAGCAGCAAGCGGCUGUUGUGGUCCGGGGCUCGCAGUGGUGAUGGAGUUGUGUGCUGGGGGCAGUCUGUUUGGGUUGCUCCACGGGAAGCCAGAGGAUGCACUUGCUGCUGUUGCUGCUAAAGCCCCUGCAGCUGCUCCGGCGGCUGCGCCUGCUGUUGCUCCUGCGGCUGAUGCUUCUGUACCUGCUGGCGGUGCUGCUGUUCCAUCUGUUGCUGUUGUCAUGUCUAAAGCACCGCACGACAACUCGUUGUCAGCUCCCCAAAGCCGCAUGCUCGGCGGUACGACAGGAGCAGCAGCAACUAAAGCUGCAGUAGCGGAGACAGCGGAUGCAAUAGCAAACAUUUCGACGGCUACCGCAACGCAUGAAACCUCCCAAGGCCUGCACCAAGACUCUCCGCAGCAGCAACGGCACUUACGGCUACCGCAACGCAUGAAACCUCCCAAGGCCUGCACCAAGACUCUCCGCAGCAGCAACGGCACUUUAAAGAGCAGGAACAGGAGCCACAUUCGCUGGCGCAGCCUCCGCCACAGCCGCUUCUGCAGCAGAUGCAUCCUCCUCCACAGCAGCCAGACCAGCCUCCAGAGCAGCGGCGGCGCUUGA